GUGACAGGAAGUGGGAAAACAUUAGCUUUCGUUAUUCCUGUUAUAGAACUGCUMCUGAAAAGAGAAGAAAAACUGAAAAAGAAGCAGGUUGGCGCUCUGGUGCUUACUCCUACAAGAGAACUGGCUUUCCAGAUCAGUGAAGUGGUGGAGAAAUUUCUUCGGAAUUUUCCACAGUUUACGCAGAUUUUAUUGAUUGGUGGCAGUAACCCAGUGGAGGAUGUAGAGAAGUUCAAGGAUCAGGGGGGGAACAUUGUGAUUGCCACACCCGGUCGUCUGGAGGACAUGUUCAGAAGGAAAUCUGACGGUCUAGACUUGGCUAGUGCUGUCCGGAGUCUGGAUGUUCUGGUUCUUGAUGAGGCCGAUAAACUGCUUGACAUGGGCUUUGAGGCCAGUUUGAACAGCAUCCUGAGCUACCUGCCCAAACAGAGACGUACGGGUUUGUUUUCAGCCACUCAGACCCAGGAGCUGGAGAAGCUGGUGAGAGCCGGACUCAGGAACCCUGUGAGAAUUAUCGUCAAGGAGAAGGGCCAGGCUGCUGCCUCCACCCAAAAAACCCCUUCCAGGCUCUCUAACUACUAUACUAUCUGUAGGUCAGAGGACAAGUUCAACAACCUGGUGGCAUUUCUAAGGCAGCACAAACAUGAGAAACAUUUGGUUUUCUUCAGUACGUGUGCCUCUGUGGAAUACUUUGGUCGAGCUCUGGAGAUGUUAGUCAAGAGGGUCACCAUCCAUUGCAUUCACGGCAAAAUWAAAAAUAAGCGCAGCCGUAUCUUUGCUGACUUUCGGACCCUAAAGAGUGGGAUUCUGGUUUGUACGGACAUCAUGGCCCGGGGCAUCGACAUCCCUGACGUAAACUGGGUGCUGCAGUAUGAUCCUCCCAGUAGUGCCAGUGCCUUUGUGCAUCGAUGUGGACGAACAGCACGAAUUGGUAACUAUGGCAACGCCCUUGUCUUUCUGCUUCCAAUGGAGGAAUCGUAUAUCAAUUUUUUGUCCAUCAACCAGAAAUGUCCACUCCAGAAAAUGUCACCUAUAAAAGAUGUAGUGGAUGUCCUGUCCAAAGUGAAGGCCAUGGCUCUGGCUGACAGGGCCAUGUUUGAGAAAGGCAUGAAGGCCUUUGUCUCAUAUGUUCAGGCCUACGCCAAACACGAGUGCAGCCUCAUCUUCAGAGUCAAAGAUCUUGACUUUGCCUCUCUGGCCCGUGGUUUUGCAAUGAUACGCCUGCCAAAGAUGCCGGAGCUGCGGGGUAAAUCGCUUCCUGACUUCACAGAAACAGAGGUGGACACAGACAGCAUCCGCUACAAGGACAAGAACAGGGAAAAGCAGAGAAAGAAGAUGCUGAUUGAGCUGAAAGAAAAAGGCUCGGCAAACCUUCCUAAAAAGAGAUUCAUAAAGAAUAAGGCCUGGUCCAAACAGAAGAGCAAGAAGGAGCGCCGGAAAAAACUGGCAGCCAAGAGGAAACACAAUGAGGGUUCUGACGUUGAUGGAGACAUGAAGGAGCUUUUAGACGACACUCGCCUCCUCAAGAAACUAAAGAAAGGCAAGAUCAGUGAAGAAGACUUUGAGCAACAGCUAACAAGUCUCCCAAAGUUAACACACAAACCAGAAGGACCAUAAGAGAAACACUUGGGUUUUUGCUGGAGAGUUUUUAUUGCAGAAAGGCACUGUUAUAAAUAAAGCUUGAUGAGUUCAUCACUGACA